ACAUGAAUAAACGUGCAGCUUGUUUGCUUUUACGUACGGCAAACUAGAGUACCUAGUGUUCUAGGCAAACUAGAGUAGCGUUUUAGGCAAAAUUCACUGGUCAUCGUUAAUUAUUGUACUUCGUCAGUGACUGCUAAUGGCGACACUGUUGCUUCUUACAGUACUCGUGAUCAUAUUGACCAUUCUUACGCAACCAUGCGCAGGUGCUGACCUUCCCACAGGUUGGCAAGAACGAAUCCAUCAAAAGGCGCUUAACGAGAGACGAUCCCAGUUAACCACAAUGAUCAGUCCCAAUGGAACAUUUUUUGAUGACCAAGUCCUUCAUCCGGACAGCGAAGAGUAUUCCACUGGAGCUCUGCCAAGCUUCAAGUUGUGGCCGAACAACGGAAAAAAUAUUCCAUACGAAGCUGCCACUAAUCUGGGUGAUUUUACUGUUACGCAGAUUGAGCUUGCGCUGCAAGCCAUCGUGCAGCAAACAACUUCGUGCAUCACAUUUAAGAAGCGGACAACCGAAGAAAACUACAUCGCCUUCUCUGCGGGAUCGCGAUGCCAAUCACCCGUUGGGAAACAAGGCGGACGUCAGGUUAUCACGGUAACCCCAAAAUGUGCCGAGCGCGGUCUCCUUCAGCACAUGGUACUGCACGCUGUGGGGUUGUUCCAUGAGCAUCAGCGUCCCGAUCGGGACAAACACGUACUAAUUUAUGCUGACCACGCAAUAAAUGGCUCCAUGCCACGGCACUUCCGUAUACUGCACAAGAUGCCGGUGUACGGAACACCGUACGAUAUCCAAUCCAUUAUGCACUAUGGACCGUAUGAUUUCGCCAAAUCUAAGCGUAUCCCGGUGAUGAUUCCCAAGAAAGGUCGGAAGACACCGAUGGGACAGAGGGCUUCGCUCAGCCGGCGCGACUUGCUGAAGGUAUACAGUGCAUAUAACUGCAGUGUCAUGGACGCCAAUGUGGAGGGCGGCGAGCCUCUGCCGUCCUUCGCUAAAGAUUACGUCAGCCGGGAGCAGUGUAAUCUGGUUGCUGCGGUGCACUGUCAGGACUCGGAAUGGACCUUAGUCAAUUGUACGUCCAAACCCUGGCUAAAGUUAGCCUGCGACAAAGACGUUACGGAUGAGGUUGUGCUGCACUUGAGCACGGCGAUGGCUCGCUAUCCGCUACGCUAUACUGUUCUGAAUGUGUAUGAUGGAUCCCAUCUGGAUCGGGACGCCUUCAACCCCAUCCGGAGACAGAUCAUCGAAAUGAGUGUCCUCUUCUGCUACAGCCCCGUUACCACACAGCGCAUGGCCGGAUUGUAUUUUCCUAAUCUUAUCAGCUUACGCUUCAGCCAUUGCUACAACCUGAAUAUCACCAGGAGAGAUUUUACGGCAAAAAUCGCACCGAGCAGUUACACAAAAUUACGCAUCUUAGAUUUUCACCGUUCCACUAUUCAGGCGCUGGAACAAGGCACGUUCACGGAUUUACCGGCAUUACGGCUGCUGGCGAUGGAAACUAAACUGCAUUUCAUGUACUCCUUCGUGCCAGUUAUGCGGCAGUAUUUGAACCGACUGCACUGCGGCUGUACGUUUGCGUGGCUGAGGUUGUGGAGGAAGACCAACGCCCGCUUAAUGGUAAAAGCCUCAUGGUACGAAGUCUUCUUCUUUGAAGGAAUUCGUGGUAAUUAUCCGUACGACCGCCGCGAUGUUUAUUACCCCAUUGACUGCAACGUUAAACCUUUUCCCUGGACGCAUAACCAGAUCGACUAUGCGCAAAUGGAAUAUUCACUGCACGAGCCCAAUUGCACGCAUUGUAUCAAAAUGUAGAUGAACAAAGCGGAGCUUCGUAUCAUUAUUUUUAGCGGGACAACUGCCCUUCCUGAGAAGGCUGUUAACGAUUUUUUGGGUAUAGCCUAAACGUAUUCGAUGGAAUUUAUGCAACUGGACAAUCCUUAUACACCGUAGUACUGUUGAAGUUCUGAAGACUGCAAUAACCGUUAAGCGCUUUUUGUUUUCAGUUAGUUAG